AUGCUGAAGCCUGCGUGCAUCAUAGCCGUCAGUACUGCGGAUCUCUGUGUGUUUGUCGUUUUGGUUGGCGUUAAUCAAGAAUGCGGAAGAUAUAAGUUUAAGGAGCCUAAGAUCGACCAUGCUGCCCUGCUUCACUCCGACUGUAAUUUUGAAUUCUUCGACACCAUCCCCUUCCGUCGUGUGGUUGAGGUACCAUGUGUUUCAAAUGCUCGGGGUAGCCAAAAUUCCGUAUGCAAUUUUCCUCAGUCCAUUGUGCUUCACUUAGACAAAGGCUCUCAUCAGGUCCAGGAAGACAUUGUAGAGGUGGUAUCCACAGGCGUUUAG